AUGGCUGACGGACUGACUACGAGAUUCAGUCGGAGACUUGGCUUUUGGUUGGAUACAAGAUAAGUGAAGUUAUCUCUCAGUUCGAGGGAUUCAGAGACUAACAAGUUCCCCAUCCAAUGAGAGUAGCACACCUCCUCCAGAAAUUUAAACAUUUCCAAAUUUCACCCGAAUUCACAUUCAGAAAAGGAGAGCAGAAUGCUGCAGGUGAAAAAAGGUUGAAAAUUGUGGCGGAGCCUGAAAAGAGCAGGAUUUGACGAGGGAAAGAUUUUUGUUUUACUCCGGAACACACGCCUCCAAACUUGAAGAACGAAUCGUUGGGUAACUCACGAGCAGAACGAAACCUUGCAGUUGAACAGCAUCGACGCGCAUCAGAAAGCGUUCCCACGACAGAAAGCGCUCGUCCUCAAAAUAGAGAAAAUGUACAAAGGGGAAGGUUAUCAAGAGACUUCAGGACGACUUCCACCUCACUCCGUCCAACCAGCACGUGACGAUAACUACGUGCCAUCCCCUUCAGCCAACAGCACAUCAUCAAACGCCAAUAAAUUACCACAAGUUAUUCGCAAUAAGAAAAUCUGCCCAAACGUGAAGGAGGCGUUGAGAAAGAAAUUAGCACUUGCUCGAGUGGGGACUUCCGAGCAGAACAAGACGUUGCCCUUGGACGGGAUGGAGGUCAACCAGAAAUCGCUCGUCCCCACAACGGAGAAAGUAGACCAUUCUCAAGAGAACGGACAACUUCCCCCUCACGCCGUCCAAACACCACGUGACGAUAACCACGUGCACUCGUCGCCAUCCAACAUGAGGUCCAAGAAAGUCAUCCAUGCAAAACAUGCCCGCGUACCUUCACCAACGCAACCAGUGCCCAACUCCUCGCCCGCACCCACCUCAACGUGGCCGAGCUGGAGAAGGCUUCAAUUCUCCACGCGAAAUGUCCCCACUGCGAAAAAUGUUCUUCUUUCGUCGCAACUUUACCGACCACGUGGCUGCGCACGAAGGUCGGAAACCCCAUGCCUGCCCCGUGUGCAAGCAGAAGUUCACCACGAAAAGACAUCUGACCGGGCAUCUCUUCGUCCACCUGAGCCGCGAGGAGCGCGCAGAGGUGCGUCAGGGGUGGCGACACGGCUGCUACUUCUGCAAAAAACGAUUCCCCACGCCAUCGAAACUCAGUCGUCAUCUUCUGCGCCACACGAAGGAAAAGUUGGGCGGGAGGUGUCACCUUUGUCGAAAAACGUUCUACUCCAAACAAACCCUGACCCGUGA